CAUUAAAUAUCACCAGUAGUCCUUGUCGAUACAUCUAUUAUAAACUUGUAGCAAGGUGAUGAGCAAAGAAUUUGUAGGGGAAGCGAUGGAGAAAAACAGUAUCCCUGUAAUUGAUAUGCAAAACUUUCCCGGAAAAUACGAGAAAGUUUUGAGGGAGGCGUGUGAAGAGUGGGGUUGUUUCAGGUUAGUGAAUCACAGCAUACCCAUCUCACUAAUGUCGGAGAUGAAGGCAGUUGUGAGGUCUCUGUUCGACCUUCCCACCGAAAUCAAGCAACGCAACACCACCCCUCUAAAAUGGAGUGGCUACGGCACAUUCAAGGAGCAUGAGGCCAUGACUAUGUUUGACAUAGUAUUGCCGGAAGCUGUGCAAGAAUUUUGUUCUCAGCUUGAUGUCUCUGAUCAUCAAAGGAAGGUAAUUGAGUCGUAUUCUAAGUCUGUGAUGGCUCUUUCUGUUCAAAUCAUGGAAAAAUUGGUUACCAGUUUGGGAUUGAAUACUGGGAACCACUCAUUUGAUGGUUGGCAAAUGUAUAUAAAGAUGAGCAAAUACAACUUCAACCCAGAAACUAUAGCCUCCGUGGGGCUUCCCAUGCAUACAGAUGUAAGCUUCGUGACCAUAAUCGAUGAUGAUGUGGCUGGCCUCGAAGUGAUGAAGAAAGAAUCAGGUGAAUAUGUGGCUGUUGAUCCAUUGCCAGGAAGCAAUCUAGUCAUCAUUGGAGAUUUUGGUGCUGCUUGGAGCAAUGGGAGGUUCCACAAUGCUUGGCACAGAGUGAGAGGCAAGGAAGCCACAGGGAGGGUAUCUAUUAAUUCAUUUCUGAUGGGACCAAGGGAUGGAACUGUGGAAGCACCGGCGGAGCUUGUGAAUGAUGAGCAUCCGCGUCUCUAUGUUCCUUUCACCUGGGAGAACUACAGGACUCUUCAGUACUCUUCUGAAAAUCCCUGGAAAGGUGCCCUUGCCGAUGUACUGAUUCAUCCUAUAAAUUAAUAGUACUUUCUAAGCAAACUUCUGUAAUGAAUAAUGCGGCAGUUGUGAACUUCCAUAUGCCCGCUGUUGUUUUAUGCGUGUGAGUGCUUUUAUGGAGUGUUAUUUGGCAGCUAUAAGAGCUGCUGUGUUUGUACUUUGUACUAAAAUCAUGUUGAUGUUGAUGUUUAUAUUUUAAUUAGGGAUAAUCCAGAUA